AUAUUCACAUCACAUGAAACCUUCUUCCAUAUUUCAUUAAAUUUUAGAUUUAAUAUCGCUGUAACAUUUCCACCAACGACAGAAUUAUCUUGUAUCUUACAAAUAAGGUUGGUACCUCUAAAUGUUGACGUUUAUUCAAAAAAAGCAUAUCAUCCCAAAAUCACAACAAAAAAGAAAAUGGGUUUUGGAAAUAUAUCUUUAGGUGUUCGUGUAAAAGUAAGCGAAUAUGAACGUAUUGAAAUCGAUAAUUACAACUUAGAAGAAACCGUCGAUUCGUUCAAAAAUGAAGUAAUCAAACAAAUCGGGGUGGAAAAGGAUUCAAUAGUGUUAAUGUAUGCUGGGGUCGAUCUUGAGGACGAUAAAUCACUCUCAUCGUGCGGGAUAAAACCUGGCGUGAUGAUCCACGUUUUGUCUCGCCCUAAACCAAAACAACCUCAAGUGAACAAAGAGUUUUCCGAUGCUGAAUUAGAACAACUCGUCGUGGCUUUUAAAGCUUUUAUGCUUUCUCCGUGGCUUAACCGCACCGCUUUACAACGUCUUUCUCGACCAGAGCUUUUAGAUAUGAUUAAAGCGGCAACUCCCGGGUUAUCGGAGGAUCUCGUUGCUUGCGCUUUGAUACAAGAUCCUGAUUUAUUGGUACAAUUAUCUGAUAUAAGUAUUGUUCGAACGAUGGCUACUAAACAUCCAACUGUAAUUGAUGCUGCGAAAUAUAUUGCAGCUCACCUUCAUAAUGUAAACGCUUCAAUCGGUUCUAGUAAUCGACCAAGUACUAGUUCAGGUUAUUCUUAUUCUUUGGAAGCUUUAAGUGAUGAAGAUAAUGAUAUGGAAUCAAAUAACGAAACUCCUCGAGAAACCGGACGAGAUUCUGGCAAUCCAUUGACGAGAAAUACAUCUUACGGAGCUAUAACCGCCGCUCAAUUAGCAGACGCUAUUUUAAAUUCAACCCAAAAUGUUAAUUUUGGAACUACACCAAGUCGAAGUAAUAUUAUAACGAAUGAAAUGUUUUCGAAUGCUAUUCAACAAGCUUUCGCUUCAAAUCCUACCUCAAAUACUUCUUUGGCUGGAAAUUUAACCUCUACAGAACAAAAUCCAACUGAAAAUUCUGGGAUUGAAAGUCAAAGUAAUUUGUUGGUAAGAUUACAACCUCAAUUACAACAAAUGAGGGAAAUGGGAUUGAUGAAUGAAGCUGUUAAUAUUAGAGCCUUGCAAGUUACUUCGGGUGAUGUUCAAGCCGCCGUUGAAUUAGUUUUUAAUGGAAUUGUCGAUUAAGUUUUUAAUUUUAAUUAAAUAAAUGUAAAAUCAAUGUAAACAUGAUAAUGAAAACGUCUUUAUUCAUUUCUA